AUGGAAAAAGCCAACUGGUCUUCCCCUGUGGGAGGGUUCAUUAUCCUGGGGCUCUCAGCCCACCCUAAGCUGGAGAAAAUUUUCUUUGUGCUCAUCCUCCUAAUGUACCUGGUCAUCCUGCUGGGAAACGGGGUCCUCAUCUUAGUGACCAUCCUUGACUCCCGCCUACACACGCCCAUGUACUUCUUCCUGGCGAACCUCUCCUUCCUAGACAUCUGCUACACAACCUCUGCAGUCCCCCUCAUUCUUGACAGCUUCCUGACCCCCAGGAAAACCAUCUCCUUCUCAGCCUGUGCCGUGCAGAUGUUUCUCUCCUUUGCCAUGGGAGCCACAGAGUGUGUGCUUCUGGGCAUGAUGGCAUUUGAUCGCUAUGUGGCCAUCUGUAACCCCCUUAGGUAUUCCGUGGUCAUGAGCAAGGCUACAUAUGUGCCCAUGGCAGCCAGCUCCUGGGCUAUUGGUUGUACAGUUUCUGUGGUACACACAACCUUGACAAUUCAGCUGCCUUUCUGUGGGAACAAUGUCAUCAACCACCUUGCCUGUGAGCUACUGGCUGUCCUAAAGUUGGCCUGUACUGACAUCUCCAUCAAUGUGAUCAGCAUGGGGGUGACCAAUGUGAUCUUCCUGGGGGUCCCAGUUCUGUUCAUUUUUGUCUCCUAUGUGUUCAUCAUUGUUACCAUCCUGAGGAUCCCCUCAGCUGAAGGGAGGAGAAAGGCCUUCUCCACCUGCUCUGCCCACUUCACUGUGGUGCUCAUCUUCUAUGGGACCUUAGUUUUCAUGUACGGGAAGCCCAAGUCUAAAGAUCCCCUGGGGACAGACAAACAAGACCUUUCAGACAAGCUCAUCCCCGUCUUCUAUGGGGUGGUGACCCCCAUGCUCAACCCCAUCAUCUACAGCCUCAGGAACAAGGAUGUGAAGGCUGCUGUGAGGAGCCUGGUGGCUCAGAAAUAUUUCACCCAGUGA